UCAAGGAAAAGUGUUUUCAUGCUUGAAAAGAAGAAGAAGAUUCUAGAAAUCAAGGAGCAACUUGAAGAUUCUAACCAGUCUGAAGAUACAUUGGUGAAAUUGCUUCAGAGUCUUACUGAUAUGGAUAUAACAUUCCAAGCUCUCAAGGAAACGGAUAUUGGGAGACAUGUGAAUCGGUUGAGGAAGCAUUCGUCGAGCGAAGUCAAGCGAUUGGUGAAGCAAGUUGUCAGGGUGGUGCAGAAAGGGAACAAGGUCUACUUCAAAUAUUGAUAGAGAUGGAUGGAUUUAAAGUUUCUACGUCACAGGUGCUGGUUAUAGGUGCUACAAAUAGACUGGAUAUUCUCGAUCUUGCUUUAUUGUGGAAGGGCCGUUUUGACAAGAUUAUAAGAGUUGGUUUGCCAUCUAAGGAUGGUAGAUUGGCCAUUUUAAAGGUAUAGUGCUUAAUUCUGUUUUUUUCUUAUAGGACCUUACAAUCUCAAGUUUGUAUUUCUUUACAACAAAGAACCUUUUGAGCAUGACAUGUGCAUGCUAGAAAUAACCGAGGCAGAGAAGGAAGCACUUCUUCAGGAAGUUGCAGAGCUUACAGAGGAUUUUACUGGUGCUGAACUGCAGAACGUAUUGAAUGAAGGUGGAAUUUUGGCUGCAAGAAAGGAUUUAGAUUACAUUGGACGAGAUGAGCUGCUAGAGGCUUUGUUUUGGGUCGAUGCCUUCUAGGCACAUAUCUCCAUAUCUGUGCUAGAUUAUGCCUUUUCUUAUUUUUAUACUUUUUAGCCCAACUUGUGGCCUGAUAUCGUUAUUCCUACUUUCUAUCCAAUUUUGCAGCAAAAAGGCACCUUUUAAACAGGUCAGGAAGAUAGUACUGAAAUCCCAGAGCAAUUAAAACUGAGGUUGGCAUACAGCGAAGCAGCUGUUGCUGUCCUUGCUUGCUAUUUUCCAGAUCCCUACCGUCCUUUUACCCAGUUCGUGGUGCUACUGCUACCUUUAUUAUUCCAUUAAGUUCUAUGCCUAGACACGUUGUAAUUUGUCUCCCUUCGCGUCUUAUGUAGACUGAUGUAAAAAUGAUUCGUAGUCAGCCAAAUAUGUGUUAUGCUGAAACUCCGGGUAAGGUCUUCUCCAGAAAAUCAGAUUAUGUGAACUCUAUAGUGCGUGCAUGUGCUCGUAAGUUCCUAAGAUAUAUUUUUAACAUAAUUAUACUUAAGACAGCAGCUCAACUUAUCUUCUUUGCUCACCAGGCAGUUGCUCAAUUUUCUCUCAUAUUUUCAUUCUUUUUGG